AUGGUUGCAUCUGUCAUCGUGCCCAAGCGGCCUGUAGUCGCCUUGCCGUUCCUGCUUCCUUCCUGCCACCCUGUGGCUCUCGAGUCGCGGCGGAGUCAGUCUUCGUACGCACGCACCAAACAACGCCUGCGCGUUAAACCAGAUGCUUCGUUUGGCUCGCCGGCCAACCAGCUAUAUGACAAUAUCAUCCAUAAUCCACCCUCCAGUGCGCCUUCGGUUUACCACACACCAGCGAAAUUUCUCCCCUUGGAUGAUACACGAAGAACGCUACGCGCUCCUACUGGUGUGAAGGAUGAGGGAUCCGAGGAUCUACCUACCGUGUUCAAGUCAACUACUCAGAAAAAAUACCACCUGAAGCCGUCGGACAUCGAGGAGAUUCGCAAGCUUCGACUCAGUGAUCCUAUGAUGUGGAGCCGCUGGAAACUAGCCAAGCGCUUUGAUUGUUCUCCUAUGUUCAUCGCAAUGGUAUGCGAAGCCGGCCCGCAGAAGAAGGAGAUACAGCGACAGGUUUUGGAGGCAGUGCAAUCACGAUGGGGUAUCAAACGUCGCAUGGCCAGAGAGGACCGCCAGUUACGAAAGGAGACCUGGGGAAAGAGUGAAUAA